AUGGAGAACAAAAUUUCGAGGAGAAAAUCAGACCAAUUUAUCAAAGAUGGCAAUGUAAAACUGAAUAACAAAAUCGUUAAAAACCCAGGAACACAUAUAGAUGUAACAAAAGACAAAAUAAAAAUACUUGGAAAAAAGAUUAACAUGCGCCAAACACAAAAAAUUAUUAAUAGAAAUGACAGCAACAUGUACAAGUGGUUUGUUCUUCAUAAGCCAAAGGGACUCCUAUGUACAUCCAAUGACGAGAAGGAUCGGGCUUCCAUAUAUUCCCUCUUCCCACAGGACAUAAUGGACAACUACAGACUAGUUUCCGUAGGACGACUAGAUCGAAACACCUCCGGUGUACUCCUCCUCACAAAUGAAUACGCUUGGGUCAACAAACUCACGCACCCAAAGUACCAAAGAAUAAGAACAUACAGAGUGCACAUCGAAGGACCGGUACAAAUGAAAGUCCUCAAAGAGCUAGCCGCAGGUGUAUAUCUAGCAGACGAUGAUAAAGGAACAAAAAAAAAAAUAAUGCAAAAAAAAAAAACACAACCAGCAUUUAUUGAAAUAUUAAGGCAAGAAACCAUAAAAGUAAAAGAUCAAGUCAAAAAGGUAAGCGUAUUAAAUAUUAGCGUACGAGAGGGACGGAACAGGCAAAUUAGAAAAAUGUUUGAACAAAUAAACCAGCCGGUCAUUAAAAUAAAACGAACUGCCUUCGAAAAUAUAACCCUCAAGGAUAUAUUUUUCCCCAAACAAUAUCGCGAACUGACCCAUCGGGAGAUCUCCGAUUUGAAGACACGCCGCUUCUAG